UCGGCCUCCCAAAGUGCUGGGAUUACAGACGUGAGCUACCGCUCCGGGCCUGUCCCUGUCCUUAUUUGUGGUCCCUGUUCUUCCAGGGUCCUGAGCUCGGGCCCCCCCGGACUGCGGGUAUCCCCGAGGAGGGCGCAGCUAGCCCUGGCAGGGCCCGGACACCUGGGGCCCGACCCACCCCUGCGCACCCCGCGGUGUCGCCUUCCCGGGCGGCUCGGGUUCCCGGAUCCCCUUACCCGGGCGUCUCGGCUGUCGCGCCCUGGGCCGGGGGAGGGGAGGCUGCAGGAAGCUGCGGAUCCGGCGGCGGCGGCGAGGGCCCGGGUGGGUGGCCGAACUUCUCCCGCCAUGGAGGGAGCAGAGGCCCGGGAGGCCCGGGGCGCCGAGACCCCGCGCGCGUCUGCGUCCCCGCCCGCGCCCUCGGAGCCCCCGGCCGCGCCCCGCGCCCGCCCGCGCCUCGUCUUCCGCACGCAGCUGGCGCACGGGAGCCCCACCGGCAAGAUCGAGGGCUUCACCAACGUCCGCGAGCUAUACGCCAAGAUCGCUGAAGCCUUCGGGAUCGCGCCCACCGAGAUUUUAUUCUGCACCCUCAACAGCCACAAAGUGGACAUGCAGAAGCUCCUCGGGGGCCAGAUAGGCCUGGAGGACUUCAUCUUUGCCCAUGUGCGAGGCGAGACCAAGGAGGUGGAGGUCACUAAGACAGAGGACGCUCUGGGGCUGACCAUCACGGACAACGGGGCUGGCUACGCCUUCAUCAAGAGAAUCAAGGAAGGCAGUAUCAUCAACCGGAUCGAGGCAGUGUGCGUGGGUGACAGCAUCGAAGCCAUCAACGACCACUCCAUUGUGGGCUGUCGCCACUACGAGGUGGCCAAGAUGCUGCGGGAGCUGCCCAAGUCCCAGCCCUUCACCCUGCGCCUGGUGCAGCCCAAGAGGGCCUUCGAUAUGAUUGGCCAGAGAAGCCGGUCCAGCAAAUGUCCCGUAGAGGUGAAAGUGACCAGUGGGAGGGAGACCCUGCGGCUUCGUUCUGGGGGGGCUGCCACAGUGGAGGAAGCGCCCAGUGAGUUUGAGGAGGAGGCAUCCCGGAAGGUUGAUGACCUGCUGGAAAGCUACAUGGGCAUUCGGGACCCCGAGCUGGCGUCCACCAUGGUGGAGACGUCCAAGAAGACAGCCAGCGCCCAGGAGUUUGCACGCUGUUUAGACUCCAUCUUGGGCGAGUUCGCCUUCCCCGACGAGUUUGUGGUGGAAGUGUGGGCCGCCAUCGGCGAGGCCAGAGAGGCCUGUGGCUAGUCUGCCCUGGGGGGGCCCAGCACAGCCCCAGCCCGGAGCCCAGCCCCCUGCCCCGGGCCGGCUCCAGAACCCAGCCCAGAUCGGAGGACAAGUUCCUCUCUAGAACCCAAUCCAAUCUGGAGCCCCAGCCCAACUCCAGAACCCAGCCCUUCUCUAGAAUCCAGCCCAGAUCUGAGGCCAAGCUCUGUGCUAGAGCCCAGGCCAGCUCUGAGACCGAGCCCAGCAUUGAGAAUAAGCCCUGUUCUAAAACUCAGGCCAGCUCCGAGGCCAAGCCCAGCUCUAGAACUCAGAUGAGCUUUGAGACCGAGCCCAGCAUUGAGACCAAGCCCUGUUCUAGAACUCAGGCCACCUCUGAAGCCAGCCCAGCUCUAGAACCCAGAUGGUCUCUGAGACCAUGCCAGCUCUAGACUCGAGGCUCUGAACCAAGCCCAGCAUUGAGACCAAGCCCUCUUCUAGAACUCAGGCCAGCUCUGAGGCCAAGCCCAGCUCUAGAACCCAGAUGGGCUCUGAGACCAUGCCCAGCUCUAGAACUCGGAUAGACUCUGAGCCCAGCAUUGAGCCCAAGCCCUGUUCUAGAACGCAGGCCAGCUCUGAGGCCAAGCCCAGCUCUAGAAUCCAGAUGGGGUCUGAGACUAAGCUCAGCUUUAGACUCAGAUGAACUCUGAGACGAGCCCAGUAUGAGACAAGCCCUGUCUAGUCCA